UCCGUGCACCCGUAAUGCAUCAUGCUUUGCUGUAGCCAUAGAAAACACUUUCGAUUUGACUCUAAAUUAUAAAAUGUACAUUCUAGCCUACAGUUCAAACAGAUUUGAUCAGAUUUGUAUAUGCCUACAUCUUCUCAUUUAAAUGAUAUCGUGAACUGGAUUAUUAUGCAACGAUAAACGAUAUAGUUUGUUAUUUUAGCAUGUGUGAAUAAAUAAAGUUUCGGUGCGCUCGACCGAACGACAUCGUCGACAGAAAUUAAGACAUUGAAUUCUCCAGUCGGCAAAUUCCGUUAAGCUGCACAAUUAUGGCAUCCAAUGAGAGUUCUAAACCGAAAAGGAGGAGGAAGAGCAGCAUGGACAAGCCUCCUCAUUUGUCAGGCGAUGCAGAGUUUAGAGUCCUUCUCUUUGGGAGAAGUGGCCGAAGUCAAUUUUCUCUGGCAAACUCCAUUCUGCGGACAGAUGUGUUCAAUGAUGAGCUCUGCAACAUUACAGAGAGUCAGAGACACAGGAGUGAGGCGUUUGAGAGGAAACUAGCUGUGGUCAACACUCCAAACCUCUCUGAGUAUGAGGCAUCCCAGAAAGAGCUGAGAAGAGUGUUCAAGAUGUCUGUGUGUAUGUCCUGUCCUGGUCCCUACGUCGUUCUCUUUGCAUUCGACCUGAACAACAUCUCACCAAGUGCAGUAAGUAUCCUGGAACUCAUCACAAAGCAUUUUGGGGACAGCAUCUUGAACCACAUGAUGGUUGUGGUGUGCCAUGAAGAGGAGAAGGAGGAUUCAGCUCUUGAGAAGAAAGUCAAGACUAACAGAGACUUCAGGGAGCUCAUUGAGAAGUGUGGCCAAAGGUAUCACCUCUUCAAUGAGAGGAAGGCCCGGAGCGAUGAGAAGGUUUCCAGACAGCUCCUGGAGAAGAUGGACGACAUGGUGAGGGAUAACGGAUGCAGAUUCUACUCCAAUCACCAAUACCAGGAAGCAGAGGAGAGCAUCCAGAAAGAGGAGCGUUUCAUGAUGAAAGGGAGAAAGAAAGAGAUGCUGACAAAGAGGAAGGAGCUGGAGAGCAGGUACACAGGUGAAGGUCUUGAGAAGGAGAUGCUGCAGUUUGAGACAAGGAUAAGAGUAGAGAACCGAGAGAAGGCUGAGAGGAAGAUCUCAGAGGUACUGGGAUUUACUCUAACAGCAGUUGACUAUGCUGCUGCAGUAGGUAAAGGGGCAGCUCUAGGGGCUUUAUGUGGAGCGGUCAUGGGGUUUGAGGGUAUGGCGGUGGGAGCCGCUGUAGGUGCCGUUGUCGGGGGUGUCAUAGGAGGUGCUGCCAGUGCGGCAUGGGGUUACGUCACAAACGCUGCUGCACAAAUGAAUAGACGUUGAGACGAUGGUGCCUACAUCGAUGAUGCAUUGCACAGUUUAACAGGUUGUGUCAUAUUGUUGCCGUUCCUGCACAGUUUAACACCACUGUCAGAUUUGUAGAGGUCUGAGGCCAAUCAGUUCAGUAAUGAAACUUAUUUGUCAUUGAGAAAAUAUUCAGAGAUGUAUGUUUUGUAGAUAAUAGACACUGUUGAUUUUUGGCUGCUGGUCUGGUGAUGGUACUAGUAGGUUAUUUUACACACAUUCGUUGUUGAAAUACGUAAUCAUGAAUAAAGGGAGAUCCUUUAACGAUGGAAUAUUUAAACACAUUCUAAAUGUACUGUUGUUUUUGCUGUCUUUGGAAUUCCCAAUACAUCUGUGUACAUUUAAAUAGGUAAAAUGUAAAUAUACAUUCUACAUCCAUUUAUGAAAGAACAUAGUUAUUUUUAAUUUUAUAUUACUGCUGUUGUAUGUGUCUCUAUUUUGCCUAAUAAAUUCCCUGAUUUUGAAAACAAA